CAUUCUCACGGUUACUUGAUUGUAUUGUCAUUUGUUCUUUACCUCCAUCUCACCUCAAACACCUGUCACAAUUUUUGCCUCCUCGAUAGCAUUCGAACCAUGAGCUUUCAAGAUAUUGAAGCUGGAUUUGGACCCGGGGCUUCCAACAAUAACAUUUCCCUUGCGACUCCCGAGUCUCCAGAGGAUGCAGCAUUUCGCAGUCUGCAGUCCAGUCUUUCGCUACAGAUGCUCAAGAUGAACGCGAAUGUACAGGGGAUCCUGAAGCUCGUGGACCAGCUCGGAACUGGAAGAGAUUCUGCGGCAUUAAGGAAGAGUCUGCACGACCUAACGGACACUACCCGUGCCAUGGCCAAGAGAGGGUCUGAGGACUUGAAGAAACUUACCACACAACAGACCAAGCUUCCUCAUCAAAAGGCUUCGUUGCAGAAGACCUCUCAUGACUUUCAACUCUCCCUCGUCGGUUUCCAGCGUGCGCAGCAACUCAGUGCUGACCGACAGAGAACGGUGGUGCAAGGUGUGAAGAUGGCAGUGGAGGAUAACGAAGGACCGGAAGCUAACGAGCCACCUUCAUCACCUUCUCAGCGUCAAGCUCAACUUCUGCAGGCGCAACUCUCCCCUCAUGAAUUGGCCUACCAAGAAUCUCUCAUUCACGAACGGGAGGAGGAUAUCCGAGAAAUAGAAGCCGGAGUGCACGAGUUGGCCGAAAUCUUCAGAGACUUGGGAACCUUAGUGCAUCAACAAGGCGGAAUGCUCGACAAUAUCGAUUACAAUAUCCAAAGUGUACAUAUGGACACAUCUCGUGCUGCAGAAGAACUGACCACAGCGCAUGAGUAUCAGCGAAAGGCCGGCAGACGUGCGGCGUGCUUGAUGUUGAUAUUGAUCGUCGUAGUGGCGAUUGUACUACUCGCGGUUUUGUCGUAGGCCCUCCUCGGAACUCUUCUAUCCAUUUUCCUGUUCUAGUCAUUCUGUACUCAUCACUGUGAACGUUCUUUCUUUUGAACUAUCCAGCGAUUCAACAUAGCGCGUUGUAUACUUUAAUCCCUAUAUAUAUCCUCAGCUUAUCCUACC